GUGGCUCCAUUCCAUCUUUUCAUUCAGCUGGGAAAACACUCACAAAAACUUAUUUUCACAAACCAGUAAAAGAAUUAUUAUUUAAUCCUCUCUCCACAUUCGAAAUUUUAAAGACAUGGAAGCCCUUCUGGAACGAGUGACCUCUUUAGAAGUCAUGGUGUCAGAGUUAGUAAAAUGGACGAACUUUCAACCUGACAAAGUUGCCACACUUCCCGAAAAUGACGACCUCGCCAUAAAUGACCCAUCACCAUCCCCUUAUCUAAAUAACCCCGAUUCUGACCAGAUUGACAUAGAAAACACAAUUAAACUAGAAUAUUCCACUGAGGACGUGACUGAACCCUUUAACGACGAGGAGGAGGGUGAAGUUCGACACAUAGGUGACGACCCACUCGGCGACAUUCCGGAUUAUUCCCUCACCACGAUCCCUCCUCAACCAACGGUCUUUAGUUAAUCAAUCUUCAUAAAUUCUCGUAUUGUAAUUAAUUUGACAACUUUUUCUCGAGUAGGUUUUUAUCGGAGGUCCGCCCUAAAAUCAAGCUCAAACCACCUCCACCCGACCUCCGACAACUUGGACGGUCAAAUCCAUGGAAAGAAAACGUUAUCGUGUCGUCAAGAAGAGUAAAAACAUUUUAUUUCUGAGCAACAGGUCUGCCAGAUCCACUGGUAAAGAAGUGUCCCAACAUAGUUGUUCAGUUUGUGGGAAAAUAUUCAUGUACAAGACCCAUGUAAUUAGGCAUCUUGAAGGUAUCCACAAGUGGCCCGUGUUCCCUUGUCGAUUGUGCAACCGGAAAUUCUUCGACAAGGGAGAACUCGACCAACAUGUCAAGGACAUCCACAAAUUCGUCAAUUUUCCUUGUCUCCAGUGUGGAAAUCUUUUUCACUCCCACGACGAGCUGGAUUCCCACGUGGAAUCCACCCAUCCCAAAAUGCCGACUGAGGAUGAUUGUCCCGUUUGCGGAAGAAGGUUCCAGUGUCAAGGGAAUGCUAAUCGACAUUUGAAAAGAGUGCAUAAAAUGGAUCCAAUCGCAUAAGGAGACAUUUUACAAAUAUUUUGGGUAUUUGACUUUUAAAGUUUGUACUAACUGAUAAUUAUUGACGCUUGAAUAAAGGUUUACAAACAAACAAAUAAUA